CUUUGCCACAAUGCUAAUAUUGUAGGAAAACAAAUACAUGAACAGUGAAUCUUCAGUGUUUUAUUACUUUGCAGUGGCAGCACUGGGGAAAAUAUCUCUGUGCUCUGCCAUUUUGUCCGGAUGCAGACAUUUGAAGCACCUGUCAUGAAACCUGAGAUGACGUUUCAAUAAACCUUAAUGUAUAUGCAUGCAUUCCCUGCACAAAGUCAGUGUGGUUGUAAAGAGCCAUUGAAAGAGAGAAGAGAAAAAAAAAGAGAAGAUGCUUGAGUGUGGCAGCCAAAGUGUUGGGUAGAGUUUCACAUUCUAUAUAUAAGCUUGGUGACUUGUGUCCCUGCUGCUCUGUUUAAAUGCCAGAGUCCCACUGUCAAAACAGAGAGAGGGGAGCAACAAUAUGAUGGACCUUUUUGAGACCAACCCUUAUCUUUUCAAUGAUUUGCGCUAUUUGGAGGAAGGGGAUCAUGGACCACUGCAGCACCUGGACAUGUCCGGGGUGUCUCCUCUCUACAACGGCAACGAAAGCCCGCUGUCCCCGGGCCAGGACAACGUUCAGUCCGAAACCGGAGGGGAGAGCAGCGGGGAGGAGCACGUGCUGGCCCCCCCGGGCCUCCGGCACUGCGACGGCCAGUGCCUCAUGUGGGCCUGUAAGGUCUGCAAGAGGAGGUCGGCGCCGACGGACAGACGCAAGGCCGCCACGCUGAGGGAGAGGAGGAGGCUGAAGAAGAUCAACGAGGCCUUCGACGUGCUGAAGAGGAAGACCGUGGCCAACCCCAACCAGAGGCUACCCAAGGUGGAGAUUUUACGCAGCGCCAUCAGCUACAUCGAGAGGUUACAGGAGCUGCUGCAGACGCUGGACGAGCAGGAGAAAACGCAAAACGGAUCAUCCCACAAGUUCAAAGAGCACAGUGUGUCCAGUCAUGAGUACCAUUGGAAAAAGUCCUCCGAGACCUGGCCGACCUCUGCGGACCAUUCCACUGCAGCAAUGAUGAACCAGAGAGAAGGAACCAGCGAGUCUUCUGGAGCCUCCAGCCUCCUGCGUCUGUCCUCCAUCGUGGACAGCAUCACCAAUGGCGAUAAAAACAACAUCAGCGAGGACGUUUCAGAAAACUGAAACAAACCCGAAGACCUCGACCUGCCAGCGAUUUUUAAAAUUUAAAAUUUUAAUUAUUUAUCUCUAAAUUAUUUCCGCUAUAUUCAGCCAUUCUGGCUUCUGUUUGUUAUGUAGUCCUCAUUUGUAC